CACAAGGUGCUCUACCAUAUCUGAAAUAGCCUUCACCCCAGAUCCCAAACUUUGCCGUUUUAAAAUGGCGGACGAGGAAGAAAUAGACGUUCUUGGGUUAAGAUCUCGUCUCCGUGAUGAAUUUGUUUUUGUUAAUAAACAAAAGCAACAUUUACAGAAAGAAUAUAACAGCAUUGAAUCUAUUAGUGACUCGCUUCUCCGUGGGUUGUGGAUUUCUGGCCAGCAAUGGCGAUAUUUGGUCAGAUUAAAGGGUGGAUCGAAUUUCGCUUAUGAGUGUGUGUAUACCUCCAGUUUGCUUGAUUCUAUACAAUUUAAAGAUGGCUACGCUUUAGUGGGCUUUAAGGAAGUCAAGUACAGCAACUUUUUGCGCGAAUUACGUGAAAAUACGGAGAUUCUGAAGAGUAUUUUCAUUCUUGCUGAUAAGUAUACUUUAAAUAUUUCUGCGUUUGUUCAGACUAUAGUACAUUCUGUGUAUGCGUCGUGUUUGUUUCCGGCCGACGAAAUUUCAGUAUUGCUAAUUGUGAAGGCGAUUAUACGAUAUCAUUUGGUGUACUCAGAACGACCCCUUAACAUAUAUCAUGAUUGUAACUCUUUUGUGGAGUUACUUGACGUCAUAUUGAAUACCUCAUUGCCAUGCCGAGCUUUCUUGGUAAUGGUAUGUCGUCAGUUUGUUUUGGAUAUUUUAUUGGGUAGUUCCUACCCUUGGACAAUUGAAGAAAAUGAGUUACUUUCAGUUAUGGAUAGUCGCGAAGUCCGUGCAAAAUUUGGUGAACCGGGGGCUCUGGGGACUAGGGACAGAAUCAAUAGUCAUAAGAUUGCAUGUUGGAUGAAUCUUGCUGAAACUGUUUAUUUAUUUUUGAAUAAGAUCAGUAAUAGUUUGCCAUGUUUACCAGACUUGCUUAAAGACAUAAUUACACACUUUUAUCAGUGCUCUUUAGAGCGUGGAUUUAAUGUAGAGAAAGCUCGUUUGAUGGUAAUGAGAUUUUUCUUCAAUCAAGUACUUGUACCAGUGCUACGACAACCACAACCUCGUAUCAUUAUUACGGAAGUUGUGGCCUCAGGUGUAGCAAAGUUUAAUUUAAUGAAACUGGCGUCAAUUAUUCAAACAUUGGUUGCCAUUGAAUGUGGGGAUAACCUUUCAAAUUUGAGUUCUGAAGCUACACAAUUUUAUGAAAACUUGGAUAAGACGGCUUUCCAUACUAUAGUUGAUGGUUUGGUUAAUCAGUCAGAUUCUGAAUUGAACAUAUCUAAACAAGACAGCAUGCCUGGAAUUUCCCGAACAUCAGUUCUCAUUUCUAAAACUGACUUGGAUUCUUUGGUUUCCUUACUUUACAAAAUCAAAUAUUUUCAAAACUCUGGCUUAGAAAGAAACAGUGAGAUGUCUUUUGAUCACAUCAUCAAUUACGAAAGUUUAGACCAUGCACUAAGUCAUGUUGAAGAUGUUCCCUCAGUUGCCGAAGACCUUGCAAAUAUGAGCAUUUCAACACAGAAUUUUGAUAUCCGUCAUGAAUUACAAACUGCUUUCAGUGCGUUCUGUGCAACGUUAAAUGAAGAAGAGAUUGUAGUGGUCAUAUCACUUGGUGUGAAUAUUAUUGACUGUCCUGGCUUGCUACCUGAGGAAAAGGUUCUUGGUUUACCUACCCCUAAACAAAGACGUAAAAACAAACAGACAAAUGUAGAUGAUCUAGUCAAUGAUCUUUCUGAUAGUGAUGUAAGCGGCGAGUCCUCGUCAGAUGAUAAACUGCUGCAAGAUACGGAAGAAGUUAAUAUCAAGUUAGACAACUUUGAUUCAACCAAAGAUGCUCUUGGACUUGGCUUUAGAGAUUCAUUUGUUGAUUCAUCUUCAAAACAACAGAUGAUCCACAACUAUCCUCCCACGAACCCCUUCGCCGCAUCCUCAUUUGCACCGUCUAUUCCUACAAAUAAUCACGAUGAUCCAUUUUCAUCAGUCGUUGUUAAUCGAUCCUCUCAAGUUAUAUCUGGACAUAAUAAUCCUGAAAAUGGAAACGAUCCUUUCACAAAUGUUGUUGUUAGGCAAACGCAGUCAUCUAACCCACUUCCUUUUAACGUGAAGGAGAAACAUCCGUCGGAGAUAUUCUCUGUAUCAAGGCCGCCUUCCCUGGUAAAAAGCCCACCUCUUUCACCGACAAAUCAAAAUUUGCUUAUAGAUCUCGGGAACACUGACGAUGCAAAAGGAAAUGAAUCAUUCAAUUCCAACUUCAGUUCAGAUGAUUCCUUUAUAAGUUCAGAAAGUCACGGUAGUAGCGGAAGUGGCACGCGUUUUUCUAGUUCUGCUAGUUCGAGUAGCGGAAGUGGCACGCGUUUUUCUAGUUCUGCUAGUUCGAGUAGCGGAAAUGGCACGCGUUUUUCUAGUUCUGCUAGUUCGAGUAGCGGAAGUGGCACGCGUUUUUCUAGUUCUGCUAGUUCGAGUAGCGGAAGUGGCACGCGUUUUUCUAGUUCUGCUAGUUCGAGUAGCGAGAGUGGCAUUUCAAAAGGAACUAUUUAUCAUAAAGGGAGAAAAGUUAGCGACCACAAUAGAAAAUCGUUGAAACAGAACAUUCAAAGUGUCAUUUCGUCACAACAAAAACGGCGCUUGGAAAACGCAAGAAAAAAGAGUCGUACAAAUAUAAAACGUUCCGAACAGUUGAAUGAUCACAACAAUUUUAUGAAAACUGUUUCUUCAGCGGGCAACAGAAUGAUGUCCAAACAAAGAGGCGAUGAGAUAAUGCAUAAAUAUGACAACAUCAAGAAGGAUCGACCACGUGAUAUUCACGCCACAGUCACGCCUGCAACGCCUGUCAAAGUGUCACGUGACGAGGAAGAUGUUUUUGUAGAUGCAAAGAACAAGUUACGAAUAAUAUUAAGUAAUGGCUCAGCACCAGUUUUUCCUGUUGAAUCAUUUGACAUAAGCAAAAAAACGAACAAGACAUUAAUGACAUUUCUUAAAGAAGAGUUAGCAGACGCAAUGUUGAGCGAUGAUUCAAUGAUGAUGGCGAGACUGCAUGAAACGAUAAGCACGUUUGAAAAACUGCCAGAAAGUCGAUAUCGUGAUGUUUUGAAUGAAUUAAAGCGAGAAUAUUUCAGCAGAAAAGUUUAUCUUUCGUAUCUCGUCCGAACUCAUCAAAGUUUAAUUGCUACACGACGAUUUCUGGAAAAAUUUCUAGAACGAAACGACAGGGAUCGAGAAGUAUGUCGACGACAUUUAAUGAUGCAAUGUGUUACCUUGGCCUUAGUGGAUCAAAAAGACAAAAUUGAUGCUUUUGCAUCAAAGUUUGUUCGUCUGCCUGCCGCAGAUGAAAAGAGCUAUGAAAUGAAGAUUUUCGUCCAAGGCAUUAAAGACGAAAUAAGAAAAACUCCCCUUGGAAAAGGUUCAAAUGUUCUUCAACAGGAAGAGAUUUUCGAUGCAGUCGACAGAUCAAUAAUUUGUCGAGUAUAUUCGUCAGCUCUUUAUUCUUUUGGCGAACCUGAUAAAAGUAGAGAUGUCGUGUUUCAUGAAAGUGUGAAGUCUUUGUGCAAGUCCAUUGGCGAAGAUUUUACAUUACUUGAAAUAAAAGAAGAAUUUCAAAACGAGGCGCCAUGGUUUUCUGCUCAAAAUGAACUCAAUUGUCUUCCGGCUUAUAAGACACCAAAAGAUAAACUCAAAUGUAUUCAGCGGUGUUGUACAAUAAUCACGAGCCUUCUGGGUAUGUCCAGCGGCGAUGCCGUUGGUGCUGACGCGUUUACACCGGUUCUUAUUUACGUUGUGAUGCACGCAAACCCCAAGGGACUGUUGACGACUGUCGACUUCAUUAAUAACUAUUCAAACGAGACUUUAACUGGUGAGCAAUAUUAUUGCUGGAUGCAGUUCUGCUCAGCUAUUCAGUUCAUAAAAAUUUUACUUGAAGAAAACAAAUCAUUAUUAGCAAUAUAGAGUAAUUUUAAAAUACAUUGUGAUGAAAGGAAGGCAAUCUCUUAUGGACGAAGAUACAUCAUUAAACUUUGCGACGUUCUGUUUGUGCAUUUUGUGAUAAAGUGAUUGUAUUUUUCUCGAAAGAAAAAAGAAAUAACUUAAGAUUGUGUUUAUUAAUGAAGAAAUAUUUGUUAAAACAAUUACUUAUGGUGAUUAUUAAAUUGUGGGAAAUUGA